AUGGAAAGAGUAUAUGAUUAUCUCUUUAAAAAUAGAAAUAGUAGUAGGAUGGGAGACGUUGAAGAAUUCUUUAAAUUAAGAAUAUCAAAAGAUGAUCCAGAAUUGAUAUUUCAAAUUGUAGAGGUAGUUGGAUCGGGAUCAUUUGGAACUGUGUGUGCGUGUCGGUGGAUGAAGAAAAAAGACAGAGAUGCACAUGGAAACAAGUUGAUAGCAUGCAAGUUUGUAGAGGUGACGGCCGAGGACAUUGAGACCAACACCAACUUGGUCAAAGAGAUUGAUAUUUUGAAAGAGUCGAUCGAUUGUCCAUACAUUGUCGAAUACAAGGGAUGCUACCUCAAGUCAAAUAUGUUGCUCAUCGUCAUGGAGUAUUGCAAGGGUGGCUCGUUGCUGGAUAUUAUCGAACUGUGCAAAAAGAGUCUCAAAGAGGAAGAGAUUGCUGCCGUGUGCGCUGGUGUCGUCAAGGGACUGGUGUACCUGCACUCUAAGCGUACAACACAUCGUGACAUUAAAGCAGGUAAUGUGUUGCUCGACGAAGACGGUGUACCUAAAUUGGCUGAUUUUGGUGUGUCUACCAUCGCCGAACAAGGACAAAAGAUGAAGACUGUGAUUGGGUCACCGUACUGGAUGGCACCGGAAAUCAUCAUGGGUCAGGGGUACGAUCAAAAGGCUGAUAUCUGGUCGUUGGGUAUUACGGCCAUCGAGAUUGCCGAGGGUGUGCCCCCACGUUUUGACAUACCUCCCAGUCGUGUCAUCUUUACUAUUCCCCACCAACCCCCUCCCACGCUCAAAAUCCAGUCGGACUGGUCGCCCGAGUUCCACGACUUUAUCAAGAUUUGUCUGUCGAUGAACCCGUCGUUGCGUCCGUCUGCCCAACAACUGCUCUCUCACCCGUUCAUCCUCAAGGGGUCGUCGCAGCAGAUCCUGCAGAGUCUCGUCACCGAGUGCAUCCCUCUGCUCAAGAUCAAGCGUGAGGAAAAGAUCCAGCAAAUGGAAGAGUCGGACCAAGCCGCCGAAUCCUCGAAAAAGGCCGAGUCCCUCAAAGGCUCUGUCGUCGUCCUCAACUCCAACACCCGUACCGCCUCCAUCAUGCGUAACAAGAACGGUACAACCAACCUCAACCCACCCGCAGGUGCAGGUUCCACAGGCUCGGGUGGCAGUGUCGCCAAACCUCAAUCAGGUGGUACAGCCAAAAAACCAGCAGCUCCAUCAAACAACAAACCAUCUGCAUCUGCACAAGUACCACCUGCCAAACCAGGUGCUUCUGCAUCACCAUCACCAUCGACGGCCAAAAAACCAGCAGCAGCACAACCAAAUACACCGGCCACUUCGAAAACACCAGGUACACUUCAUACACCACCCAACUAUAAACCACCACAAGCACCAGCUACCACCACCACCACCGCAUCACCUAAAUCACCAGCCACUGCCAAACCACUAGCAUCAACCACCAAUAAAUCACCAGCACAUCCAAUCUCUCCAUCGGUCAAACCAAAUAGCUCGACUGGAAGAAGCCAAACCAUCAGUAUUGGACAACAAAAACAAGCAGCCACCGUCAAAUCACAAGACGACGAACCAGUUACUUUUAUACAUCACGACGAUCAUUCUGGGUUCCAAGCAGGUGGUGAUGAAGAAGAUAUAGAUUUCCACCCCGAUGAUUAUGAAGAGGUUGAUAUCUAA